AUGGCGGAUGGCGAGAAGGAAUCUCCGGCUGCUCCCACGACGUACGACGAGGCGAUGGAGGCCUUGUCUUCUUUGAUAACCAAGCGGAGUCGUGGCAAUAACAGCAACAAAGGAAAUCAAUUUGAUUUGCUCUUCCAUUACCUGAAGAUUCUGGAGCUGGAGGAUGCAUUGGAUGAUUUGAAGAUUGUUCAUGUGGCAGGCACCAAAGGAAAGGGUUCCACUUGCACCUUCACGGAGUCUAUAUUGAGGAAUUGCGGGAUUCGAACUGGGCUUUUCACCUCACCUCACCUCAUUGACGUCCGAGAAAGGUUUCGUUUGGAUGGUGCUGAUAUAUCCCAGGAAAAGUUUUUGUCCUAUUUCUGGUGGUGUUUCAACAGAUUAAAGGAAAGAACAACUGAAGAUGUACCAAUGCCUCCUUUGUUUCGUUUUCUUACGCUACUUGCCUUCAAGAUCUUUUCUGCAGAGCAGGUAGAUGUUGCUAUUUUGGAAGUGGGAUUAGGCGGGAGGUUUGAUGCGACAAAUGUGGUUCAGAAACCUGUUGUGUGCGGGAUAGCUUCUCUUGGGUAUGACCAUAUGGAGAUUCUUGGGGACACCCUUGGAAAAAUUGCUGGUGAAAAAGCUGGUAUUUUAAAGCGUGGCAUUCCUGCUUUUACAGUGCAACAACCUGAGGAAGCAAUGUGUGUCCUUGAAGACAAAGCUUCCAAUUUAAAUGUUGAUCUUCAAGUUGUACCACCUUUGGAUGUCAAUUUGCUAAAUGGCCAAAAACUUGGCCUUGAAGGUGAGCACCAAUAUGUUAAUGCUGGUCUUGCCAUUGCGCUUUCUUUCACUUGGCUGAAGAGGACAGGUCAUCUUGAACUUGCCAACCAGGACCACACUGACUCACUGCCUGAGCAGUUCAUUAAGGGGUUAACAGCAGCCAGUUUCCAAGGCCGGGCCCAGAUUGUCCCCGAUCAAUAUGUAGAUAGUGAAAAGGAUGGGGAUCUUGUCUUUUAUUUGGAUGGUGCUCACAGUCCUGAAAGCAUGGAAAUCUGUGCAAAAUGGUUUUCUGGUGCUGUUAAAGGUGAGCACCAAUCUGAUACAGCAAAACCACAAGUGAGUUCAUCCACACAUCAAUUAAAGAAGAAUAUCAUGCAGAUAUUGUUAUUCAACUGCAUGACAGUACGGGAUCCUGAGCUGCUUCUGCCACAAUUGAUGAAAACAUGUGCUAGUCAAGAUGUCUACUUCAAGAAGGCACUGUUUGCCCCAAAUAUGUCGGUGUACCAUAAGGUUGGAACUCAUGCUUUGCCAUCAGCUGUUCCUGAAGCUGAUUUGUCAUGGCAGCUCACUCUUCAAAGAGUUUGGGAUAACACCAUGCAGAAGGAUAAAGGAAGGGAGGCCAAGCAAGUAAAUCAUGUGGCUGAGGAAAUGAAGGACGAUACAGGAAAAGGUGGUGGGAGUCAUGAGAGCAGUAGUGUAGUUUUUCCUUCUCUCCCCUUAGCUAUCAAAUGGCUCAGGGACACUGUUAGACAGAAUCAAUCUGUUCGCCUCCAGGUCCUAGUUACUGGUUCGUUGCAUCUCGUGGGUGAUGUGCUGAAACUAAUCAGGAAGUAG